AUGAGCGAACAUAAUAUCGUAUACCAGUCUCGCACGAGGGAUCCAGACUCUCCAGAAGCUACGUCCCGCGAAGCAAUUGCUGGUGAAAGCUCGAUUCAACGUCGUGGCAACAUCCGUCGUUUUCUGGGGAAGUUCCAGAAUGGUGUAACUAAACAAAUUUCUGCUGAGGUUGUACAAAAGCGCUUAAAGGAUUCUCGCAGUCCUGACGCCAACCAUGCAGGUGCUCAGAAUAUCGAGGAUACCCCUCACGGUGUAGAACAAGGUGCUGGUCCGCGAUUGGAUCCGGGUGCUCGUAACACUCCAGAACAUAUGGCUGCACCUUCAGGACCUCCAAUAACAGUGGAGCCCGCUCCACGUGCGCAUCCGGAUCUUGGUACUGCAGAAGAUUUCCCGGCCGUAUAUGGCCAAGCUAUCAGGUCAUUCGACAGUGCUGUGGAGAGGUUUGCGGAUGUAUGUGCCCUUUCUCUCAUUCGAGGCUGA